AUGAGGCUAAGCCUUGGUGGGGGUUAUGAGUACGAUGAACUGAAACACUUCUCGAAGUGGGUUGCAAGCAUUGGAGAUGAAAUAUUCGAUUUAAUGGGCAGGCUCCUCAAAAUUCAAAUUAUUAGAAAAAGAAGAACAAAAUGUGUAGCUAUCGGAGGUGGACAUAGCCCAAGGCCACUUGAGAGAGUGACUGUCCGAAUUCUGCCGGGAAAACGUCACAGUGUUGCUGAUUCAAGAGAUGUGGGUAGUGUAGGAGUCCCAAAGCAAGCGGAUAAGAUAUGGGAGUCUAGUACUAUCAAGGGAAAAGAGAAAUUGACUUAA